GCGUGUCCACGUAAGAAAAAAAAUCAGCCAAUGAGAUUAAAUUAUUUGGCCAUGUAAUCAGAAUUAUUUGGGCUCUGAAUUUGUCACAUAAUAUUUGCAAUAAAAAAUAACCCAUUGAGGCCCAAUAUCAAACCCUAGAUCAUUACACGAGUCCUUCUUACUUUUCAUCUUCCUUCUUCCUCUAGAUUUUCAUCGAUUGAACGACGUUUUGGCUCACCAUCUCCACUGCAACCAAACUGUAGAGUAAUCAAUUGUCCGUUUUGGUUUGAUUGAUGGCUUCCUCUCCAUUUAUUUAUAAAUCUCUUCUUUCAUGUUUUUUUUCAAUCAAAACUCUCUCAAUUUGUUCUCGCGAUGAAGUCGAACGGGAAAGCCAUAGUCUCCGACGAUCCUAUUGUGAAGAAACCAAACGGCAAGGAUGUUGUCUCCUCCACCGUUCUGGAUCAACCAACCGGUAAAAAGGCCGUCUCCUCCGCCAAGGUCCAUAAGGUUAUGCCCGCUGUCUCCUCCGCUGUACCGAUCCAACCAAGCGGAUCAACCGCCGUCUCCUCCGUCAAGGUUGAUAAGGUUCGCUCCUCCGCCAAGGUUGAUAAGGUGUUGUUUUUUAGAGACGUCUCAUUUGGCAUACAAGAAGGGGAGUUAAGGUUUCGGCUCAUCCAUUUCUGGGAGGCUCGAAAUGUGCUUACAAAAACACUUAUUGGUCUAGAGAUGCUCCUCAUUGAUGAACAGAGAACUGUUAUCCAAGGUUUCAUCCCAUCAGCAAGGAUUGAUACCUACUUGCCACACAUGAAAGCAGGAUCUGUCUACAGACUGAAUAAGUGUUUCGGAUCAAACAGCAAAGUCAUGUACCGGGUUGCUGAGCCUAGGGUAGUCAUCAGUUUCACUUCGAACUCUGUUCUCUCUGAUCUUGAGGACAGUCGGGUUAAUUUCCCUGAUGAUCGGUUCCGUUUCCAUAGUUACGAAGAGUUUGAGGCAGCAUGUGACCUCAAAGGUGAUCUUUACGAUUAUGUUGGGCACUUGAAACUGGUGAAUGGGCAGACACUGAAUGACAGUGUGGUGCUUGACGAAGAGGAAAUAGCUUCGACCCGGCGGGUUUUGCUCCAUGUUCAAACUCAUGAUGGACCAGUGAUGAAGCUCUACCUAUGGGACCAGGCUGCAGCAGACUUUUGUGCCAAAUUCAAGUCACAUGGAAGCACUCCAAGGGUUAUUUUAGUAACCACUGUCAACCCAAAACGUUUUGGAGGUGCUCUUGCUCUUGCUUCAAUGUCAUCCUCUCGGGUGUUUUUGGACUUUGAUGUUCAACCAACCCGUGAUUAUGUCACUUGGUUGGACUCAAAUUUAGAUGUGGCUAAUAGGGUUGAUGCAAAUGUGGUCACAAAGACUGAAACAAUGACGAUAGGGGAGCUAUUCUCCUAUAUCAAGCAGGAAGCAGCAAAGGUUACUUGGUUUGAGUGCACAGCAACUGUUGAUGCUGUUUUCCACGGUUCUCCUUGGUAUUAUAUUGGCUGCGGUGUGUGCCAUACUAAGGCAAUCAAAGGGCCUACAUCACUCAUGUGCAAGAAAUGUGGAAAACAUGAAGUAGAUGGUGUUCCACAGUACCUCACAAAGCUGUCUGUUUAUGACAACAAUGACCAUGCGGUUUUUGUUAUCCUUGGUGAAGCUGGGCGUGAGCUGACUGGGAAACAAGCAUCUGAGUUGGUUGAGAGCUACUUUGAGGCCAAUGAGAGCAUGGGCGAUGAUCACUUAAUCCCGGUGCCACAGACCUUGGUUGAUACCAUCGGACGGACAUACAGGUUCAUUGUCAAGGUAUCAGAUCGCAAUAUUAAAGGCGAGAUACACACUCUGACUGUCACAAAAGUACUCCCUCUUGAUGUUCCUGAACCUGUAAAAGCUUUGGUAGAAACUGUCUCUGAGGAACCUGUGGAUGGGAGGGUGAAGAGAGGUUCUGAAAUGGUUGAAUCAGGUGAAGCCAAACGUGCUAAGUCUGGCAAUUAGAUCUCCAGUUAUACUCUCACAUGUUGGGAGAAUAUGUUGCGGAUUAAGUACUGGUUUUCAUUUUAUUUAAAGACUAUUUUGUGUUUUAUUUUCAUACUUUGGCUUUCAACAUUUGAGCUAUCUUGGCUCUGGACUAUUUUGAUUUUAUUUACCUUUUGCUUAUUUUUGAACUUAUGUUUAUCACUGAUCAUUACUAAAUGAUAUUGACUUUCGUCCAUGUUUUAUUUAUUUACAUGCAAAUUAA